AUGCGGCCUUGGGAUGUGCAUGUCUCACCGAAAGCAGAUAGAACGUGCUUCUUUAUAGUUAUGCGACAGGGGCACUGCAUCCGCCACGAACCAUGUCUGAGCUGGUUUCUUGUAUACCAAGGCUGCGACAGGACUACCAGCACCGACCCCCGCCAUGCGCAAGUCAGAUUGAUACAGAAGUACUUCACGCAUGGCAGCCGGUAUACCUGGAUGAAGAACCUCGGCUCCGGCGCAAAUGGCUUGGCCAUGAAAGUCGAGAAGGAUCCCCUGACUGGUAAUAAACUAAGGGAUGUCGAUCAAGAAAUGAGUUCCGCGAUGAUGAAGCUGCCCGCCUUUUGGCAAGAGGGGUUGGGGGAGAUAACGCAGGUCACGGGGAGACGCAGCUCGUUGGUGGUUCCCGGUGGCAGAGAGCAUAUCAUCCAGUGCUUCUGCGUACUUGAUACUCGAACCCUAGAUCCAGGUACCGCCAAGGACCCGGUUCUCAUCAUGGAGUUCGUGCCCCAUGGGGACUUGGGCCAAGCAAUCGAGAGGAUGGCCCGUCGUCAGCUGUAUGGCAGCGCCCGUCCGGGUCGGCACCCGGACAGAGCGCUAUGGCGCAUGUUUCGAUGCCAUGAGCAGGCCAGACCCGACAUCCGCCCCGGGCUCGGUCCCGAUGAUACUACCGAUCUCGAAAGUACUAUCGACCCCGAAAACACUUCACCGAAUAAGUUCAAGCUGGUCCAUCUAGAAAUAAAACCUUAUGAUAGUAAGCUGUACGACAUGGCAGAAAACCUAUGCCGGCUGACGAACAAAGUCUUCGUGGGCGACCUGAACCCGUCCCAGCCUGAGGACAAACAACAUAAAUACCAAUUAAUUCCAGUGCUCAAGGUCAUGUUCAACCUGCUGACCCGCAAUACGUUCUCGAAUGGCGUUGAAGACGUGCCUGUCGCCGGUGAGAUCAUCGAUUGCGGCGCCGGGAGGAGGUACAUGUCGGAUGGAUUUGCCAUACACCGGCCUCAAGGCCGCGGCGCAAGAGAGGCACAAGCGAACAAAUUCAACGUGAACUGGCCGGGCGUCGGCCCGGUAUUACGUUCACUGGUCGCGGACUGUCUCGCCAAGGAAUCUGCAGAUCGGCCGAUGUUGGAAGAUCUGAAGCCUGAUUCUCGAAGGGGACCUGCCGGUUACUCCAUAAUGGGAGUGACACGGGGUUACUCCCGAGCACCGGCGGAUGGUGUCAUUCUAAUGUGCUACCCGAAAGACUCGUUUCUUGCGCUCCGAGAAAGUGUCCCUUGGGUCGUCAGGAUGCCCAGUCGCAACGAACGAGAAGACUUGUCGUGUACUACCUACAAUAAGCUGUCACUUGGUUAUUCUGCGGACUAA